CAACAGCCUGCGGGACCAAGCAAGAUGACCCUGCUCAGUGCUGUUUCCCGACAAAUGCACCAGGAAACUGCCCUCAUGCCGUUCCAGUCCAACCGAUGGCUUUUCGCUACCCAGCUCGUCAUGUAUAAUUACCUAUACCACCUCAAGCACCUGUCACGAUCACAGAUGUCAGCUAUUAAGCAGCUCGUAGUCCUUUCAGAGCGCCUCGAUCCAAAUUUACUGGAUCUGCUCAAAGGUUUGAAGGGCCUCAGGGUAGUGCAUUUCGAAACUCUUGACAACACAUUCUCAUUGAUACGUACAAGCUAUACAGUCGAGCGCGACGGCGAAGAGGUCGCGCUCGUCAGAGAGCCGCUGCACUUAUUGAAAAGGUAUUAGCAUUGCAGACAAGGAUUGCGCAGUUAGCUGCUUCAGCCAUGUGGUACAGAAAAAGUGAUAUUGAAAUGACACUCACCGGUUCAAUGCUCCUCUUAGAGGUUGACAGGAUGGUAUAUGAUUCAUAGCCGCGUCUAAGAUCGCUUCUUGUCUGGCGAGGGAUGCGAGUAAUGCGAUUCUAAAUGGAGAAAUUGAAUUCGAACGAGAUACA